AUGGAGAAUUAUUCGUACCAAUCAUACCCUGAUUCUGGCGACUCAUCUCCACGCUCUAGAGAGAUCGACUUCGACAACCCUCCUCCUCCAUGGGACGAACAACAACAACAAAAUUACAAGGUCAAGUUCAUGUGCAGCUAUGGCGGCAAGAUCCACCCACGCUCCCACGACAACCAACUAUCCUACGUCGGUGGCGACACCAAGAUCCUCGCCGUCGACCGCUCCAUCAAGUUUCCCGCCCUGCUCGCGAAACUCUCUGCCCUCUGCGACGCCGGGCCACAAGAGAGCAACGGCAACAGCCUGACCUUCAAGUACCAGCUCCCCGGCGAAGACCUCGACGCUCUCAUCUCCGUCACCAACGACGACGACCUCGACCACAUGAUGCACGAGUACGAUCGCCUCUACCGCGGUUCCGCUAGACCCGCCCGCAUGCGAUUAUUCCUCUUUCUCAACGAUACUCUUCCUUCUUCUCCUCCUGCUUCCACACCGCUCCAACCUGUGAUCAAACCUAAUAACGUGGAUUUCCUCUUCGGUCUCGAGAAAGGCGCUGCUGGCGCUGUGGCGGCUCCGCCGCCUCAGAUUCCGCCUGCGGCGGUCAAAUUUCAUGAUCCGGUGCCGGAGCCCGUCGCGCCGCCUCCGGAGUACCAGUCGCGGCUGAAUUUGAACCCUGUGGAUAGGGUUUCGGCUUCGGAUCCGAGCUCGAUUCAGCGCCAGUUGCAGCAAUUGCAAAUUGCGGAGAGCGAGCAAGGCGUGUAUCGGAGGAAGAGUGAGGAGAAUUACUCCGCCGGUGAUUAUUACGUUCAUAAGCUUCCUGAGAAGUUCCCUCCGACAAAUUUUCAGGCCAGCGCGCCGGGUUAUUGGCCGGAAAAGCAAGUUUCCGGAGAAGCCUAUCCGCCGGCGGUGUCGGCUGCGUCCGGCGGAGGAGAAGCGCCGGUUUACAUGAUUCCCGCUCCUGGGACGUACUAUCAUGCGCCGGUGGUGCGGCCUCCGGCCACUCAGGGGUACUACGCGGUGCAGCGAAUGGCUUCAGAUGGUUACCGCGAAGCGGCGGUGUACGGCGGCGUGACACAGCCUAAAUCGGCGCCUCCGGCGAACCUGUCGCCAGCUCAGCAGGCGGUUAAGGCUCCCGCGUAUACGGAAGGAUUCGGUGUGGUUCGGUCAGGUGGGAUAGUGGAUAAUACGGGUGCUCCGUAUGCACAGGUGGCGUACGAUAGUGCAAGUGGGAGACAGGUUUAUUAUACUGCACCGGCUGGUGUAGUGCACGCUCCUCCUUACCAAGGGGUUUUUCCACCGGUCACCGCUGAUAUGAGACAAACUCCGGUCACGUUGGGUCAAGAUGUUAAAGUGUUAAACAAAGUUACUCAAGGUUCAGUGUGA